AUGAUCAGCAUCGUCCUGGGCCCUCUCGCGCUCAAGCAAGCACUUCUGGCUUCCAUGAACCUCUCCAUGAGAGACAUCGUGCUAUCCACCAAGAAUCUACCUGCCCCCAAAAAGGACUAUCCUUUGAUUAGAUACCAUCCCAAGGUUGUUAACCACCGUCGACUUGCUCAAACUUCGUCCUCAUUACCAUUACCGCCUGUCGUAUUAGGAGGUCAAUAUCAAGCUGCUAAGCGUGUUGGCAGCUUAAUAAACGAUCUUGCAGUCAUGGCUAUCCCUGCUGAUAUCCAGGAGAACUCAAAAUUCCUUACUCCUAACCGCAACGCGGUGCGAUCACAACAAUAUGGCCAUCUAAUACCUGUUCUUCUUGCUUCCUUCUCGCCCAUUGGAGAUUUAAGACUUCCUGGCCGUUCAAAGAAAGCCAAAUCAUCAUCAGGUACCGCUGCUACUUGUAGCCAAGCUCUCUCUUCCGGAAAUAUCAUUCACUCAUUGGCCACGUCUGGUGCUGGCAUCAAGCGAAAGAUCGACGCUGUUACUCCAACUAUGGCUAAUCCGAAAAAGAAACUUAAAGUUGUACAUCAAGCAUUGCAACUUAUGACCGACAUUGAACUUUCCAAGGAGCCUAACGCAGCUGACGUUUCUUUUGAAAUUGCCCUUUCCGCUGCGACUCCAAUGGCGACUGUAUCUAAAUCCCCAAUGCCCGUUCUGUCUCUGCUGAUGGUGUUAAAGAAAUCCAGGGCCACAUUCGCACCAAAAUUUGCCCAGUAUUAUUCAGCCAGGAGUUCCAUCCUUUACUCAAACCCCUUGAAAAUCACAAAAGAUGCAGUCAAACAGAAGAAGCUGAUUUCUGUUUUGAAGGGCAAGGAUAUAGUCAACUUUGUUCCUGGCCUCCCUCGCUCUGUUGUCCAUAGAACACCAUCUACAAGCCAACCUACCGUAUCUCUGGCAUCAGCAUUCUCAAGCACUAAGGGCAAAGACAAAGAAAUGCCAUUCCAUAGCACUUCAGGUGCUUCUGGAAAGGAGUUGUUUACAAGCAAGCUCGUAUCUGACAUCUCUGCUGCUCCUGCCUCCAACUCAUCAACAACUGCUGACAUCAAGCUAUUUCAACUCAAGGCAAACGAUGAGGAGCUUGAAGAGGGUGAAAUUGUCAGUUCAACCCCAUCCUCUUUCCCAGAGCAAGUCAGUCAAGCCUGUUCAAAAGAUGAAGGCAAGUUUUAUAUCCUCAAGCACAAUGAAGCACAAGUGGGUGAAUCUGCUUUCCGCCCGGAGGUCAAUAAUAUCACUACCAAUGCAAAUCAAAGUACAAGACGCACUGCCCCUAGUGACAGUGAGUGUCGUACUAAGAUAAAGCUCUGCAAUGAUAAGAUCAAUGACAAACCGGCUGAUGCUAGCCCUACGACGACAUCUGUCAAGAGAACGUUAUCAGCUACUGCCCCUAAUGCCAACACAAUGGAACAAUUUAAAGUGAUCACAGUGAUGUGA